GUCCAUUAAAAACAGUUAUCACGGACCAUUCGCGUCAAAUCGUGUUGGAGCGCGGCUGGAGAAGCUGUGUCUCACGUUUUUCCAUUCGCCGUUUUGUGUGACAAAAAUUGCAACAGUGAACAUUUUUCAAAAUAUUGUUUAGUGUCCGAAAGCUGCUUUAGUCACACAAAAUAAUGGAGAAUGAAAGAAAAGACGCCGAAGCCCCUAAACAAGGCGAGGAUCUGCUGACUAAAACGAUCGGGGCUAUUGGAAAGUGGCAAAUAUGGAUAUGCUUUGUAGUUUUCCUGGUCAAGUUUCCUGUAGCCUGGCACCAGAUGAGCAUCAUCUUCCUUGCUCCACCGAUGAAUUUUACGUGCGCCGAUAACCAUUCGGCUGGAGAAUUCGAUAAUGUCUGCCAUGAAAAUUGUACAGACUACAUGUACGAUCACAAUAUAUUCCAUGAAACGAUCAUAUCGCAAUGGAACCUCGUAUGUGAUAGAGCAUGGCUCAAAAAUCUUACGCAGACUAUUUUCAUGCUGGGCAUUCUAGUUGGGAACAUGGUAUUCGGUCAUCUAUCUGACAGAUAUGGUCGUAGAAUUCCAUUCCUCGGUGCUGUAUUCCUGCAGUUGAUUUCUGGUGUAACGACCGCGUACUCCGUCAACUGGUACAUGUUUACUGCUCUCCGAUUCUUGCUCGCCGUCGCCACCGGAGGCACAAUGGUUACCAGCUUCGUCCUGACGAUGGAAUUGAUCGGGGCCAAAUACAGAGACACCGUUGGCAUUAUCUACCAAAUCCCAUUCAAUCUUGGACAUCUAUCGCUGCCGGUAUUUGGAUACUUCCUCCGUGAUUGGAACAUGUUCCAGCUAGCUAUAUCACUCCCCUCUGUACUAUUUCUCAGCUAUUACUUUUUACUACCCGAAUCGCCAAGAUGGCUACUCACAGCUGGCAAAACUGAGGAGGCUGCUAAAAUUAUGGAAAUCGCAGCUAAAAGAAAUAACCUACCCACGGAAGGCAUACAAGCGUCCACUCAGAAAAUGACAGUGGAAUUAACUCACAAGCAUGAGGAACACGCCUCAUUUCUUGCGUUGUUCCGCACGCCCAAAUUGCGCGCACGCACUCUUGCAAUUUGUUUCAACUGGGGCGUAUGUGGGCUUUGUUUCUUCGGUGUCUCACAGUACAUCGGCCACGUGUCUGGGAACAUCUUCACUAAUGUCGCAAUUUCGGCUUCUAUACAGGUUCCCGGUACAUUGAUCUCGAUUUAUGCGAACCAGCUUCUUGGCAGGAAAAUUACUCUAAUUAGUUCUAAUUGUGUGACUGGUCUAAGUUGCCUACUCAUCACCGUAGUACCUCAAUCGGGCGCGAGCAACCUCGCACUUGGCUGUAUUGGCUUGUGGGGCAUGAGCAUAGCUUUUGCUACCGUUUAUUUGUAUGCCGGAGAACUGUUCCCGACAGUAGUAAGGAAUUCGGGAGUAGGAUUGUCAUCAACAGUUGCCAGGAUAGGAUCCAUGAUUGCCCCUUUUGUUGCAACUCUGGCGCACACAAGCGCUUGGCUACCACCUUUAAUUUUCGGCAUAGUACCAUUGAUCGGUGCUGCACUCUGUAUCAUCUUACCUGACACACGUGGAAAGAAACUCCCUGAUACGCUAGAAGAAGGCGAAGCGUAAUACAUUUUUGCUGCUAAAAACCAUGACAAUAAAGUGUUGAGUUGAGGCUAUUACGAUGAUAAAAAAUAAAAGUAUUCAUUUACCUGUUAGUCAUAAAUAAGUAGGUGAUAGUGUGGAGAAAUUGUUUAAAUCCAGGCCAUACUAAGAAACUAAUGGAGGCCAAUGAAUUUAUACAAAUAUUUGUUAUAUGUUGUAUCGUAGUAUAAAUUGUAAAUUUACCCCUUUACAAUGAUGCUCUCUGUAUAUAGGCUGUGAUGAUUAUGUUAAAAUAAAGUAAUUAAAUCGUAUG